GCUGGUGCCCCUGGAGGGGCUGCACAGGAUCGCGUCCUUCAUCCUGCGCACGCUCGAGCGCGCCCACGGUCGCGGCUGGCUGCACACGGACCUGCAGGCCAGGGACGUGCUGCUGGCGGUCGACGCCGGCGCCAGCGGGGACGUCCGCGCCGCCUCUUCGGGGCUGCUGUGCGGGUGGUCGCGCGCCUCGCGGCGGCGCAGCGAGGGGCUGCGAGUGGGCCUGCUGGAAGCGCUGGAGGCCUCGACGCGCAGGGCCGUGCAG